CUUCAAUCAAUCACUUGAUAUUCUUAGGUUAUUUUGUUGUCAAGUGAUAAACAAGUUUCUAUAUACCUAGUUAUUCUCCUAAAAAAUGUACCGAAUAAUCAUAGGCCUCCUAUCGGUGUUGGCCCCGAUUGGGGCUGAGUUUUCCUCAGAAGACUGCUGGACGCUCGGGUUUAACAAGGCCAAUUUGCUGUGUUCCUCCUGUGAGCAACUGCCCAGGUUCAACCUGGAAAUGCUCAAGGACCAUUGCAAGGAGUGCUGCAGUCCCGACGAAAAGGGCCAGGAGGAAAAGCGCUAUGCUAAAGCAGUCUUGGAGGUGUGCACGUGCAAGUUUGGAGCUUAUCCUCAAAUUCAGGCCUUCAUCAAAAGCGACCGACCUGCCAAGUUCCAGAAUCUUCAGAUCAAAUACGUUAGAGGCUUAGACCCCAUUAUCAAGCUGUAUGACAAGGAUGGGCACCUUCAGGAAACUGUGGCAAUUGAGAAGUGGAACACUGACUCGGUGGAUGAAUUUCUCCAAACUCAUUUAGAUGAUGGCGAUUUGGAUUAUUUGAAAACAAACCAAAUCUAGUCGCGUGAAUAAACGGUCGUUUCCUCA